AUCAUUUUAAAAUGACAAAAUAUUCAUUUAUUCUCUUCUUCUCCAUACACCUGUGCAUCCUGGUGUGUCUGAGCACCACACAGCACCACGGACCCUGGAGACACAAGGUAAAGUGGGAAACUAAUGGACAGGUUUACAGUUUACUGAGCACCGGUUCUCAGUAUCACACACCUUUUUCUGCAAAAAGGAACGCAAGGUUUUUAUUGACAAGGCUUAUGCCAACAUUCUCAAGCAGGAUUUUCAUGGGACAUUUUGCCAAUACUAAGAUACACACAGUUGGGCAUGCGGUGCAUUCAAACUCUGUGCCAGAGCACAGUCUUGGUAUGGAUGCAAGACCCUACAUGAUGUCUGGUUACGCAUCUCACAUGAGGAAUAAUAACCAGAUGCCUUUGCAUGCAACUGCACUUUCUUCUGACGAAGCUCUGCGUCCCCAGCCCAUCCAAUAUAGGACAGCACCAACUGGCACAACUACACUGGAAGCUUCAGGGAGCUCAAGAGCAUCAGGACGCCAUAAUUUAGUUUCCAGCACACCAGUGCCAAAACGAACAUCACACACUGCAGCUACUGGAAAACCACCCACUAUCAAUUCUGAGGAGAAUCCGCUUCCUCAACCUCAACUUUCCACUUUGACCGGGAGUAAAACUGCUAAUGAAUCUAAACUUUCAACAAGAACCAGUUUGGCUGCACCUUCAGCAACUGUUAACAACAGAAAUACAAUAAAUCCUACCCUCCAGGGCGAGGAAAGAAGAGGAGGUGACAGUAUGACUGGUGAUGAACCAACGAAUCCUCAAGUAAACUCGUUUUACUAUAAUCUGCUCCCGUAUGGAAGUGUCGAUAGAUCUCCUCAGAGAGAAACGGGUCAUGGUACAAGCUAUUUUCAUAACG